GUUUAACCUUAAAAUUAACAGUUACAUUAGAAAAUAGAGAAUGGAUAUUGAAAAUAAAGCUAUUUUAACUAGAGGAUGGCGAAGAUUCACUUAUAUGGAACCUUCUAUUUUUUUAUUAUUCUUUAAUUAUGGAAUGACAGAAACGAUUUUUUCUGAUAUGAUAAUGUAUCGCACUUGCAAAACGUAUAUCUCAAAUAAAAACUCAUGUGAUCUUCUUCACACCAAUAGUAGCAGUCAAGAAGCUCUAGAUAUUGAUAAGAUUGUCCAACCACAUGCUAGUUAUAUUAUAUUAUGUGAUUCACUAUUAGAUGGCAUUAUUCCGGCUGCUUUAAUAUUAUUUCUUGGUCCUUGGAGUGAUAAAUUUGGUAGAAAACCAUUAUUAAUAGUUGGAUAUCUAGGACCUGCACUUCAUUAUUUUAUGGUAUCAAUAUUAAAUUUAUGGGAUGUAAAUCCAUGGUUAUUUCUUUUAACCACAAUACCUUCAUCUCUAUGUGGUGGUGGAGCAGGAGUAAUGUUAGCAUCUUUUUGUUUUAUCUCAGACAUUAUAAGCAGUGAUAAGCGAACUUGGCAUUUAGCUUGUUUAGAAGGUGCUAUUACUUCUGGACUAGUUAUUGGUACUUUUAUUGGUCCACUAAUAUUUAAACAAUUUGGAUAUUUAAUUUUAUAUGCUAUUAGUUUUAUUAUCGCAUGUAUUGCUUUUCUUUAUGUUACAUUUUAUGUACCUGAAACUAUUCAAAAUGAAACAAAUGAAAAAUGGGGAAAUCCGUUUGAUUUAAAAUUGGUCAAGGAAUUAUUUGUAACGACUACAAAAAAACGUCCUGGAUUAAACCGUUGGGUUCUUUGGAGUUGUAUUUCAAUACUUGCAAUCUUCGUAAUAAUUGCAGAUGGAAAUGCACAGAUUAAUUAUUUAUUUGCAAAUAUUAGACUUGGCUGGGAUUCUGUAAAGUUUUCAACCUACCAUAGCAUAUCUAUUUUUUUGUCAGUUGUAGGCAUGUUUCUAAUACUCAAACUUAUGAAAAAUUAUUUAGGUUUUUCAGAUGUUCAAAAUGCAUUAAUGGGAUGUUUAUCUGGAUUUAUAGCAGCGAUAAUAAAAGCUUUUACCACAAAACCUUGGCACUUGUACGUAGUAAGCAUAACAGGAUCACUUUCUGGUAUAAUUUCACCAACAGUUAGAUCAAUUUUGUCUACAUCUGCUCCUUCUGAAGAUAUCGGUAAAAUAUUCUCAAUAAUUACAUUCUUGGAGACAUUACUACCUCUAGGAGGUGUCACUUUGUACACUGUGAUAUAUUCAAAUUAUAUGCCACCAAUAUAUCCUUUACCAGCAUAUCUUUUAUCAGCUGGAUUGUUCUUCAUUAUGAUAUUAUUAGUAAUUCUCAUUGAUUGGAGAAUGAUUAAGUAUCCCUCUGCAUAUCAUCAACCAAUUCAAGAAGAUUAGUAGUUAGAUACAACACUCUAUAUUGAUAAUAUAGAA